AUGUCCAAAAACGCAGCGUGGGGUCCGAGUCAGGCCCAGGAUGAGGAUGAUUUCAUCCCGCCGUCGCUCGAACAGCACACCCAAGUCACCAGACUCUCCGACCAGAUUUUCUCGGCCGAUUUAUCAGAGGAGCUGUGCAUCGGCUCUGUCCCCAACGGCGGCUACGUUGGCUCCGUCAUUCUCAGAGCAGCCCAGGAAUAUCUCACCCCCCAGGGCCAGCCGGACACGCUCAAAAUCCACAUCCAGUACCUCAACCGCACCGCGGCCGGCCAGGCGUACCUCGUGGUCGAAGAAGCCAAGAUGGGCCGCAACAGCUCCGUGCUACACAUCUCCCUGCACCAGCACGGCCUGCUGGAAUCGCGUCCCUGGCUGGACCCGGCAUCCAGAGCCAAGGGCGAAGUAGUCGCCUACGUCACCAACACGGACCUCGACAAGGAGCAAGGGCUCACCCUGAACACCGCCUGGAUCAUGCCGUAUGAGCCUGCGCCCGCGGACCUGACGCGCAUGCGAGAGGGCAGCGAUCCCAAAUGGAAGCGCCUACAUAUCCCGCUCAUGGGGCGUGUGUCUAGUAUCAGGACGCUCGAGUACUACUUCCAGAGAGCCGGCCAUGCCACCCCUUCCACGCACGACUAUUGGCUGCGCUGCGCAAACGGAGAGCCCUUCACCAACAUUUCCCUGGGGUUCGUGGCAGAUGCCGCGGCCGCCCUCAUCCCCGAGGCGUACCGCCAGCGGGACGGGAGCCAGCCCCCGAAGGAAGGGGAGAUUGCCUUUGACCAGGCGUACUGGUACCCGACCGUCACCAUGGCCAUCGAGGUGAAGAAGAAGCUGCCCGCCGGGGGCGAGGAGUGGUUGCGCAUGAGGGCGUCCAGCAAGGCCAUCAGCAACGGGAGGUCCGACAUGGAGAUUAUUGUGUUUGACACGAGCGGCGAUUUGGUCGCGCUGAGCCAUCAUGUUUGCAUGGCGGUAGACUUUGCAAGGAAUAUCAAGGAGAGGACAAGGCCGCAGGAGAAGAUCUGA